AUGUACCCAGAACACAACAUCACUGAUCUUUGUCAGCUAACUCCUGAUCUGUUGGAGAAAAUUGGCAUAGAAGAUUGCAGCAUCCGUUGUACAAUCUACAAUCUUUUGAAGAAGCACCUUGGCAUCAAAGAUUUAAGCAAGGUGUUUAAUGAUCCCAUCCAUGGCCACAUCGAGUUGCACCCACUUCUUGUCAAAAUUAUAGACACACCUCAGUUCCAGAGACUACGAAACAUCAAGCAGCUCGGGGGGGUUUAUUUUGUUUAUCCAGGAGCAUCCCACAACCGCUUUGAACACUCGAUUGGGGUGGCAUAUUUAGCAGGUGAGCUUGCAAAAGCUCUGAAGGUGAAGCAGUUGGAGCAGAUCAAGCCACUGGAGGAGUUGAAGAAGAUGAGCACGUUGAUGAAGUUGAAGGAUGGGGAGUUGAAUUGGUUGAAGGAGUUGGAUAUGUGUACUUCUGAGGAUUUGGAAAAUUUGAGCAAGUUGAAGAAGUUGAAGAGUUUGAGCACUGAUGAGUUGGAUCAGUUGAAGGAUUUGGUUAUGUGUAAUUUUGAGGAUCAGGAAAAUUUGAACAAGUUGAAGAAGUUGAAGAGUUUGAGCACUGAUGAGUUGGAGGAGUGGAAAAAGUUGAAGCCUGAGGAUGUGGAGAAAUUUGAGAAGUUGAAGAAGUUUGGAGAUGGCGAAGUGAAGAAGUUAGAGGAGUUGAAGGAAUCACUGAUCAGUGACCAAGAUGUCCUCUGUGUGCAGAUUGCCGGUCUUUGUCAUGACCUAGGACAUGGGCCCUUUUCUCAUUUUUUUGAUGGGAUGUUUAUGGAUGCAAUCAAAAGAGACAAAAAAGGCAAAGCAGACAAAAAAGGCAAAGCAGACAAAGAAGUCACAAACAAUGAAGAAUGGACGCAUGAGGAGGCCUCUGUUAAAAUGUUUGAUCACCUACUGAAUCAAAAUGGCUUAAAAGAAGUGAUGGCGAAAUAUGGACUGAAAGUAGAUGGAAAAGAUGAAAAUGACCUGGUGUUCAUUAAAGAAAUGAUUAAGGAACCUAAGGAUAAAAAACCUCUGAAUGAUGCAGCUCAGGAUAAUGAUACUCAGAACAAUGAUGCUCCCAAGAAGUGGCCGUAUGAAGGACGAAAAAAGGAAAAGUCCUUUCUCUAUGAAAUUGUGUCAAACAAGAAAACUGGGAUUGAUGUUGACAAGUUUGACUACUUUGCCAGGGAUUGCCACCACCUGGGCAUUCCGAACAGCUUUGACCAUCAGCGCUUCGUCAUGUUUGCCAGGGUGUGUUAUGUGGAGGAGGAUGGGCAGAAACACAUUUGCUCUAGAGACAAGGAAUCUGCAAAUCUGUAUGACAUAUUCCAGCAAAGGCUCUCGAUCCACAGAAGAGCCUGUCAGCACAAGAUAAAAAUGGCAGUAGAAAUUAUGCUCAAAGAUGCCCUCAUACUAGUAGAUGACCAUCCAGACUUCAAAAUUAAAAGUUCAGAAGGGGAGAUGCUUUCUCUCUCCCAGGCAAAUGGUGACAUGGAGGCAUACACAAAGCUGACAGAUCAUGUGUUUGAAAGAAUACUCCAUUCCCAGGAAGGAAGGAAUGAACCUUCCUCCGAGGAAGAAAGGAAAAAAGAAUUAGAUUUGGAGGAGGCAAGGGAGAUUCUACAGAGGGUCAUGGAACGGGACCUGUAUCGCUGUGUGGGUCAAGCCAAGAAAAAAUCAGAAGAGGAGAUAAAGGAAAGGUUAAAAAACCUGGUUAAUGACAUUCAGGACGACGGGAAAGACAGAGAUGGAGUUAAUAAUGUCACUUUGACAUAUAAGAUGGAAAAUGAGAAGCCCAUCAGUAAAACAUAUUCUUAUGACAAGAAGAAGCCUGAAAAAUCAGAGGACAAGAAAAAAGAAAAAAAGGAAACACUUGAGAAAAUUAAGAAGGAUUUGGAAGAUGAACUGAGUGAACGCUUUCGUAAAGACAAGUUUGAAGUUACUGUUGUCACUUUGGACUAUGGGAUGGAAAAUGAUGACCCCAUCAGUAAAACAAAUUACUAUAGCAAGGAUAACCCUGAUAUAGGAAAACCAGUCCCCAAAUCAGAUGUGUUCAGUGUCCUCCCAGACUGGUUUUCUGACGAGAUGCUUAGGGUUUACUGGAAGAAUCCUAAAGGACUAAAAGAUGAAGAGAUAAAAACGAGAGAAAAAAAAUUCAAGGAAUUCUUCAAAGGCUGGUGCAAGAACAAUGGUUAUAAGGAUCUAAACAAGGAUGACCCCAGCGCUGGUCGAGCAACUCCAGGAAAUGACCAGUCAAACUGAAUAUGUGAAAGAUUCAGUUAUCAAUUUUUUUGUGCAACAGUAGAGAUUUUAAUAUAGGUGUUUUGAAUCAGAAAAAUAAUGUUGUUUGGGUUUUUCUUUUUUUCAUUGUUUGAUUUAAAUCUUAACUAUAUGUUUUGGUCUAGAUAUAACAUUUUAUCAAAUUAUUACAUAUUGAAUGAACUUUUUGUGAUCUGUAAUAACUGAUACUACUUCCUUUAACAUGUAUCAAUAUGAAAUAAGCUCUUGAUAAUCUAAAAUUAAAAAUUUAUUGUAAUAUUUUGAAUACAUAUUGCACGUUUUCACUAGAAUCAAACUAAAUAGAUCACCUCGUUUCAAUACAUGCAGUUUUGGGUACUGUUGUGAUUUGGUCAUUGUGUGAAAAUUCAUUAUUUAUCAUAUCAUCUAUAAAUGAAAAUCUAUAAAAGUUAGAAUCUUUCAGCUGUUUUCCUGUUCUGAUUCGUUUGCUGCUGAUUUCUGGUAAAUUCCAAAUAAAGCUAAUUUUCUCUU